AUGAAAUCAUUUACCAGAAGAGUGCUCCGCAAGCCCAGCUUCCGUAUCAGCCGUAGAAAGAAAAAGAAACAAAAGGAUGUUGCCACCAAGUCGCCCCCGACCCUUGAAGACCUUCCAGUUGAACUGAAGCAACAAAUGGCAUCCUUUCUUUCGGUUCGCGACCUCUUGAAUCUUAAACAGACAUCCAAGUGUAUGAAUGGAAAUCUUGGCAUUUGCGUAAUAUCGCUGCAUUUGGGAGAUCGAGUGUCCCAGAGCAAGAUUUUUGAGACAGUCCAAAGCCCAAAGUACUUUGCAGUAAGCACACAAUGUUUUGCGGCCGCCAUUCCAAAUCAAGAAUCAUAUACUUAUGCGACAACCAUCAGCUGUAACCUAGGCACCAACGGCUUUGGUGCCAUUUGGGUCGUGGAGCAGGAUUUACCUAAAAUGCAAACCCUCAAAACCUUGGAGAGUCGUGGCUUCAGGAGUGGCAAAAUCAUAGACAGUGCUACAACAACAUCAUCAAGAAAAUUGGUUCUUGAAUUCUUCCCUAAGGUCGGCAAAUUUUACCAGUUUUGGAUUAAUGCUCGCCGGCUUGAGAACCUCCAUAACAUCGAGUUGCAUAGCGUUGGCGUGCCGAUGAGGCCAUCGGACCAUACCAUAUUGCAGUUUGAUAUUCGUCUCCAAAUCCCCCGCGAUCUUCAUCCUCGUAUUUCCCGCCGCAAUCCAAGGUAA